ACAGCUGCACUUAUAGAGCUUUAUGUUGACACAUUUCUGAUUCAAACUGAAGAAAAGUAAUUUUAUAAAAACAUCGGUCUAUAGAAGAUUUAAAAGUUAAGUUAAUUUGAAAUUUUUCGAUUUAGCAUUUAUUGGCAAGUAUUACGUAGUAUAAAAAGAAAUAUUGAAGUAUGUUUGAAAAGGCCGUUCAGAAUAUAAAUGAGGUUAAUCAUAAGUUAAUUAUCUGAAACUUUUGAAUACAAGAAUUAUAUAUUUAUUAGUUUAAUACUAUGGAUGUUACAAAUUUAUACACACAUAGAAAAGAAGAUAUUCAAGAUGAAAAUAAUGAAAAGGUUAUUGCUCUUAAAAAUAGUAUACCAUUGUUAAAAGAGAUUUUUCAUAUACAUAGAAAAGUUGGAGAGGGUACAUUUAGUUCUGUUUACUUAGCUACUUUAAAAUUAUCUGAUGGUUCUAAGAAAUAUGCAUUGAAACAUUUGGUACCUACUUGCCAUAUAGAAAAGAUAGAACGUGAAUUGCAAUGUUUAAACCAAAUUGGAGGUCAAGAUCAUGUUGUUGGUUUAGAAUGUUGUUUAAGACAUCAAGGAUCUGUUGUAUUUGUAAUGCCAUAUAUGAGGCACGAUAAAUUUUCUGAAUACAUUCAAGAUAUGACAGUACAAGAAACAAGGGAUUACAUGAAAGCAUUAUUAGUUGCAUUGCGCAGAGUACACAAAUUUAAUAUAAUACAUAGAGAUGUUAAACCAAGUAAUUUUUUAUAUGAUCGCUCUAAUAAAAGAUAUUUAUUAGUUGAUUUUGGAUUAGCUCAAAAAUAUACACCACCAACAUUAAAUGAUCAGAAAAUUUUAAAUAGUACAGUGCAGUCUGUAAAAAGAAAAAGAUAUGAUGAAAAUAGCAAAAAUGUAUCUUAUGCUUCUGAAAAAAUCUACAUGAAUGAUCAAUGUGUAUGUUUUGGAAAACCUAAAACUUGUUCUUUAUGUUUAAAUAAACGAUCCCAAGUUGCACCUCGAGCAGGCACUCCAGGCUUUAGAGCUCCUGAAGUACUUUUGAAAUAUUCUUUACAAACACCAGCAAUCGAUAUUUGGGCAAGUGGAAUAAUUAUGUUAUGUAUCCUGAGUGGUACCCAGCCUUUUUUCCGGUCGCCUGAUGAUUGCACAGCCUUAGCAGAAAUAAUAUCAAUAUUUGGUACACAGAAAUUACAACAUUGUGCACAAAAAUUAGGAAAAAAACUUAUUACUAGUGAAAAUUUACCAGGAAUUGAUUUAAUGACAUUAUGUCAAAAAUUACAAAAAAGAAACAGAGAUUUACCACAUACCAGUAAUUAUAAAAACAAGAUAUCAUCAUCAUUUGAACAAUAUCCAAAAGAAGCAUACCAACUAUUAACAAGUCUUUUAGAUGUAAAUCAUAAAAUGCGAAUUACGGCAGAACAAGCUUUAGAUCAUCCAUUUUUUAAAUUAUCAUUAUAAAUAGUUUUUAUAUCUUUUUAAAACAAAACAAAACAAAACAAAAUAUAUGUACAUAUACAUACUAUGUGAUAAAUAAAUAAUUUUUAUACACUUUACUAACUACUGAAAUAAAUAUUAUUUUCAUCAUAUGUAUAAGAGUUAUACAUUAUUUUAUAUAAUAAUUUAUGUGUUGACUAGUUUUAAAAGGUAAAAUAAAAUCAAAUUUUGUAAAAAUACAAAAUAUACUUCUUGUAGAUUAAUGAUCUGAUUUUGUUAUUAAGUAACAAUGCCAUA